GUCUGGUGGAGCUGGGAAGGAGGAUGCUGGUCGUAGGGCGUCUAUAAAUGUCUAGCCGACUGGCAAGAGUAGCACUCCUCACACUGGGGAGGCCGUGGGGUCUGGGAACCCGGGACCGAUUUCGACUCGACUGACUUUUCAGUGUGGAUGCCAGUCUUGAAGGGGUUAGUGCGUGUGGGCCGAUCCUGGUAGAAAUUGCCGCCGUCCUCGAUCACGUCGGUCAGUGUGUGACUCGUCUUCACCGAAGACACAUCGAACAAAAUACGAGUGUGGCGUAUGACUAGGCCACCGCGGCGCUCGGUGUGAUCUGUGUGGGCCUCCCCGCUUGGAAGUUGGAACCAGCAACUAGCAUUAGAAAAAAGGAGGGGAGACGGGACACGUUAUUUUUCCCGCUUCGUCCCUCGCAGCGCGACUUGGACUUCGGUAGUUUUUUUUUCGGGCCCAUCCGUUUUGGACAUUUUGGAACCUCAAGAACUCGAAAAGACUGCGCGCGUCUCUCAGACUGUUGUUGUGUCUCGUGUGAAACUCCUUGCCUGACAGCCAUGCGGCUUGCGAUGGGCCGCAGCGGCAGGAUACAGCGGCUACCGCUCCUGCUGCUCCUCGUCGUCCUCAUCUCGGCCGGCGUGAGCGGCAAGCCUCAACAAGGAGCCGGAGGUGGAGAGGAAUCACCCGAAGGAGACUACGCUGAUAACUACGACGAGUACAAUCCCGUUGACUACGAACCAGAAUACGAAGAAGGCGCAGACGGAGGUCGGAGACCGGCCCAGCCCGGACGUAACGGACCUGGCCGAGCUCCCGCUCCGGCUCCUGUCGACGAAAAUGGAGAUGGUGAUGUUGAAAGCGGAGGCCGCCCAGAUGUUGCAGCUCCUGCACCAGCUCAACCAGAAGCUACAGAGGAGGAAAAUCCGGAUGAUUACGAACCGGGUCAGACCGAUCCUCCACCACCGCCUCCACCGGCCCCAACAACGACAACUCAAAGGCCCGUCUAUCGCCCGCCUCCCGCUCCACCAGCACAGCCACCAGCGAGAGCUCCUGCUGCUCCACUCGUGACAGCAACAGGCAACGAUGAUUGCGCUGGAGUCGUAUGCCCGGAGGUCGAGUGCGAGACUCAGCAGUACAUUCGUCUCGGCGAAUGCUGCCCGGUUUGCGCGGCUGUCGGUCCUGAAGAUGGAGAACAAUCAAUGGGUCCCCAAGGUGAGAUUGGCACUCCUGGACGUCCUGGAGAAGCUGGCGAGCCCGGAACACCAGGCAACCCCGGUACUCCUGGCAACCCUGGACCACCAGGACCACCACCCGAUGUGACUCCCUUCCUGCAGUCGUUGCAGACCUCGCAAGGCGGAGCCGAAAAAGGCCCUGGACCAGAUCCGUUCUCUUUCCUUCAAGCUCAAACCGGACCCGUAGGUCCUCGCGGAACAGGCGGCCCUCCCGGCCCUCCAGGUCCUCAGGGAUUCCAAGGAGUUCGUGGUGAAGCUGGUGAGCCUGGACCUGUUGGCGCUCCUGGAGGUGGUGGACCGCGAGGUCUCCCCGGUCUUCCCGGCAAAGAUGGUGACUCUGGAGAAGACGGUCAACCUGGACCAACUGGUGCUGCUGGACCUGCAGGCCCUCGAGGCUUACCGGGAAUGCCCGGUUUGCCCGGAGUCAAAGGCCACCGUGGUUUCCCCGGUUUGGACGGCUCCAAAGGAGAACCUGGCCCAAGUGGUGAAAAGGGAACGCAAGGUUUGACCGGCCCAAUGGGACCUGUUGGCCCAACUGGUCCUGCUGGCCCACGAGGAGAAAGAGGACGUGAAGGACCCCCUGGCCCUGCUGGUUUAAGAGGAAUCGAUGGUUUGGCUGGACCCCCCGGACCACCUGGCGCUGUUGGUAAAUCAGGACCACCCGGCUUCCCCGGCAGUCCCGGUUCCAAAGGUGACAUGGGCGGCCCCGGACCUAAAGGUAGCCAAGGCUUGCAAGGCCCACGCGGAGAGGCAGGCAAACCCGGAGUUCCUGGUGAAGCAGGUCCUCCUGGCCCGGCCGGUAAAGAUGGUCUAGCUGGUGACAAAGGUAGCCAAGGUGAAGUUGGUAUUGCUGGAGCUCCUGGUUUCCCUGGUGCUCGCGGUCCCCCCGGACUUGCCGGCAGCCCAGGAACCCCUGGUGCUAAAGGCCACCCUGGUGAGAGCGGUACUCCUGGUGUCAAGGGUGAAACUGGUUUGAAGGGAGAAGUCGGUGCUGGUGGACCUCGCGGUCUGCCCGGCCCUACUGGAGCUGCUGGUAAGCGUGGUAAGAUCGGUCCUCGCGGUACAAGUGGUGCUUCUGGCCCACCUGGUGAGCGUGGUGCCCCCGGAGGAAGAGGUUUGCCCGGAGCCGAUGGACCCCCUGGACCUAAAGGUCAAAACGGUGAUAGAGGACCAGCUGGUCCUGACGGACCCAAAGGAAAAGUCGGAGACCCAGGUCGUCCUGGACCUCCUGGUUUGCAAGGACUUCGCGGUCUUCCAGGCCGAACUGGACCUCCCGGCAAGCCUGGUAGCGCUGGAGAACGUGGUUUACCUGGUGCUGAUGGCAAAAACGGAGAACAGGGACCCCAAGGUAUCCAAGGUCUUCCCGGACCUACUGGUAUUCCCGGAGAACGCGGUCUUAUGGGAGAGAACGGUAAAGACGGAGAUCCUGGACCGACAGGAGCUCCCGGACCUCGCGGUGAUUCAGGCAAAGACGGAGCUGCUGGUGCCCAAGGUCCUCCCGGUCCUCCUGGCGCUGAUGGUGAACGCGGUCCCCCUGGCCCUGCUGGAGCUCGUGGUUUCCAGGGACUUCCUGGUGUCGCCGGAACUCCUGGUAACCCUGGUAAAGAUGGUGAACCCGGUCUUCAAGGUGUUUCCGGCUUACCCGGUGCCAGCGGACCUCGCGGUGAGCGUGGAUUCCCUGGCGAACGCGGACCGGUUGGUCCACCCGGAGGUCCUGGUGAACGCGGUCCAGUUGGUAUGAUGGGAGCUGACGGUCCAUCGGGUCCAUCUGGUCCUAAAGGUGACAAGGGUCAUGCCGGUCCUUCAGGUUUAGUGGGCUUGCCCGGUCAAAGAGGCCAACCUGGUCUGUCUGGUGAAAAGGGUGAACGCGGAACUCAGGGCCCAAUUGGUCCCGAAGGUCCUGCAGGAAAACAAGGUGAACGCGGUUUGCAGGGUAUCAUGGGUCCCCCUGGACCUCCUGGUGAGCCAGCUGAACGAGGUGACACUGGACCACCCGGACCGGCUGGUGAAGCUGGUGCUAUGGGUAUGACUGGUGAACGCGGACCUCCUGGAGGCCCAGGCUUGCAAGGCUUCCCCGGCCCACAAGGUCCAUCCGGUAUUUCCGGUACCAAAGGUGAACGCGGUCUCUCUGGAUCUAAGGGUGAGCAAGGCAACCCCGGUGCUGUCGGUAAUCCCGGUGAGCCUGGUUCACCAGGUUUGCAAGGUUUGGUUGGACCUAAGGGUGCUCGUGGUGAAUCUGGCAACAAGGGUGACCAAGGUCUUAUGGGCCCACCUGGACGUGCUGGAGAACAGGGUCCUGCUGGAUCACAAGGACCUCCUGGACCACCUGGCUCAGCUGGUAUGCCUGGUAUCAAGGGUCAACCCGGUGACAAUGGUCGCACUGGUAAUGCUGGACCCCCUGGACAACCCGGAGCUCCUGGAUCUGAAGGUCAGAAAGGAGAACAAGGUAGCGAAGGACCUAUUGGACCUGUUGGACAGUCUGGACCCCAAGGUCCACCUGGAGACCGUGGUUUACCUGGACUCCCAGGCCCAGUUGGUGCGAUCGGUGCUCGUGGAUUACGCGGAUCAGCCGGUGAAACUGGACCCCCAGGUAGACCCGGAAAUGAAGGACCUCCCGGUCCAAUUGGUCUUGUUGGCCCAGUCGGCCCGAUUGGUCCACCUGGAGAACCCGGACCUGAAGGCUCACCCGGCAAAGAAGGACCUCCUGGUAUUGGUGGACGCCCUGGAGACAAGGGACCCCCCGGUUCCGUUGGCCCUCUCGGACCUCCCGGUCCUUCUGGACUUCCCGGAUCACCUGGACAAUCUGGACCUCCCGGCCCUACUGGAGAGCGUGGUUCCAUUGGUGAAACUGGCCCAAUGGGUGUUGAAGGCCCUCCUGGACCUCGUGGUAAACCUGGUGUCCAAGGUAUUCAAGGUGAACGCGGAGAGCGUGGAGAAUCUGGAGCUAAAGGCGCCAAGGGUCAUCGCGGUCUCAUUGGUCUGCAAGGUCUUCCCGGCGCACUUGGCGCCCAAGGAGACCGAGGACCGAUGGGUCUCGCUGGACCUCCUGGCAAAUCUGGAGAACCUGGACCUAAAGGUCCUGCUGGCCGUGACGGAAGCUCUGGACCUCAGGGCAUUAUGGGACCACCUGGCCCUCGCGGUCCUGCUGGUGAAUCUGGUAAAUCUGGUCCUCCCGGCUCUCCUGGUCCUGCUGGACCUCCUGGACCUCCUGGUGAAUCGAUGGGUUACGACGCUGCUGCAUUGGCCGCCAUCCUCGGACAAGGUUCCUCCAAGGGACCUGAUCCGAUGGCUGGUGAUGACCCGUCUCGCCUGUUUGCCAAACUAACAGACGACGACCGUAAAGCUUUGGUUGUGAAAGCUUACGAGCAACUCAAGGUCUCGUUUGACAAGUACACUAAGCCUAGUGGAGACAAGGCUGCUCCAGCCAGGACUUGCCGUGAUCUGGCCGUUGCCCACCCUGAACUUCCAUCUGGAGACUACUGGAUCGAUCCCAACCAAGGUGACACCAAAGAUUCUAUCUUGGUAUUCUGCGAGAUGAACCGACGAUCCACCUGCAUCCGACCCAAGCCCGAGAAAACCAAGCAAAUUACUUAUCUCGGCAAACCUCGUGCUGAAGUUUGGUUCUCCGAAAUGGAUUCCGGCUUCCAGUUCACUUACAAAUCAGACAGCAACCAAAUGACAUUCUUGCAGCUGUUGUCUACUCACGGAAGCCAAAACUUGACAUACCACUGCCGCAACUCCGUGGCUAAUUACGAUGCCAAUGAUCGGUCCUACAAAAAAUCAAUGAAGAUUCUCGGCUGGAACGAUAUUGAGCUCAACGCUAUGGGCAAGAAGAGAUUCAAGUACGAAGUGACCGAAGACGAGUGUAAAUCUCGCUCCGACACUUGGGCCAAAUCGGUUAUCACAUUCGAGACGGACAAGCCUAACCGAUUGCCAUUCGUUGAUGUCGGAAUUUUCGACAUUGGUGAGCCAAACCAGCAGUUCUCUCUGGAGAUUGGCAUGGCUUGCUUCUGGUAAGCAGAAGAAGCCACAUUUAACGGAGCGUCAUUUUCCAUCCUCGACUAAACAACACCACGCUCCUUCAUUCUCGAAAACCCCACAAGUUUUUUCACAUCCCAGCCCCUCCCAAAAGAUUCAUAAAAUUAUCAUUAGAAAUAUGAAAGCUAGCCUUACUCGUCGCCGUUUUGAAACACUGCCAUACCAGUAGAAGUCUAGAGCCUGUUUCAAUAUUUUGAUUCAACUUAGAAAGUUUGAUUUAUUUUUUUUUUUACUUGGAACCAGAUAUUUUGAAAUUAUUUCUGAAUUGAGGACACAGGCUUUCGUUGUUUUGUUUUAUUUCUCAUUAAAUUUCUUUCCGAUGGUCGACCCCCCAAACUCUUUAAUUUUGUCCUUCUUUCUGUCAUUUCCUGAACCCCGGUGUGUUUUUUCCUCUCAUGAUAACAGUUUACGUGCCUAUGCAGUCAGACCCUUUUGUAAACGCCUUCAUUUGCUUUUGUUCAAGACAUUUGGGUAUUCGUUAUGUGUUGGAAUUUGGACCCCCUCUCCUUCAUCUACAUUUUCUUCCUCUUUGGAUUUUCCUAUGAAUGUGUGGCAUUUCGAAUCUCUAUCUGUCUCUCAAGGUUUUCUUAUGACUUUUGCUUUUUGUAAAGAAGGUUCAAUACACAUACAAAACAAA